AUGGUCAUUGGAAAUGAGAGGUUUAGGGCGGUGCUACCGGUGUUAUUGAUGUUUUGUGCAGUGAAUCUAACCGCAACUGCUCCUCAAGCAGACGGGACAAUACAGCGUGAAGGGAUCGAUUUGCAAAAGUGUGGCAUUAACAAUCCGUCACUGCCAAAGGUUAUAAGCCGCGUCACUGACGGUGAGAUCGCAAUCGAAGGUUACUGGCCAUGGCAUGGGGGACUGUUUCAUCUGAACGAUUACCAGUGUGGCUGCACGUUGAUCAAUGAAUUGUUUGUGCUUACGGCUAGCCAUUGUGUAUACAACAGUGACACAGGUUAUAGAAUCGGUGAGAAACUCGUGCGCGUGAAGUUGGGUAUGCACCGAUUGUCGGCCAACGACAGCAGCUCGUUACAAUCUUUCGCUGUGCAGAAGAUAAUACCACACUCAAAAUUCGUCCCGAACAGUCACAAACAUGACGUGGCACUGUUGCGGCUGAAUGGCACCGUACAGUUUACGAAUUACGUUCAACCGGUUUGCCUGGAUCUGACCGAAACGAUAUGGGUGGAAUAUUUGGCGGAUGUAGUCGGUACGGUUGUAGGGUGGGGUAUUACGGAGAAGAAUCGCAUCUCCGACCAGCUGCUUCAGGCGGAGAUCCCGAUAGUGCGCUACACAGACUGCGUCGAAAGUAACCCUGAACUCUACGGACGCCUGAUCUACAGUGGGAUGUACUGUGCUGGAAUUUUAAACGGCACCAGCCCAUGCAACGGUGACAGUGGUGGCGGGAUGUACAUUAAACGUGACAAGCGAUGGUUUCUGCGGGGAGUAGUUUCGUUUUCGGCCAUCCGAGAGGGCACAAACUACUGUGACUCGUUUAGCUACGUCGUGUUUAUGAACGUACCGUACUACGCCAAAUGGAUCGAGACGGAGGUGGACGUAGCGAGGGACGAGUUGUUGAAAGCUUCCACGGCGAGCACGUCUGUUUCGACCCGAUGGGAUUCUGAUCGGAAUGAAGACUACGAGGAGGACAAUAUCUAUUCGCUACGAAUGGAGAUGGAAAGCGACAGUCCAUUGUUCGUGCCUCGGAUGGAUCAAGAGCGUGCGAGGAUACGAAAGCGCACCGUACGCUGUGGACAAAGUGUGACACUUUCGUGUAAAAGAUCUGCCGGUCUUGCCCAGAAGACGAUACAAUGGUUUAAGGUGGAAAACGGCACACGGACGUUUUUGAUUGAGAAUGAAACGCUCGUCUACCGUGACGUGCGCUAUCAUCACGCAGGAGAAUAUUGGUGUCAGGUGACCAGCGACAUGGGCACUUUGUACGAAACUAGCCUGCAGCUCACCGUGACUGGGGUUCCGAUGAGAUUCCAGCAGGGCGAGAACAUAUCGUACGCCGUGCAUGACACGCCCCUGACCGGCCAAUCAUCCACCCAGUUCAGCUUCGAGCUGACCUUCAGAACGAGCGAAUCGGAUGCGCUACUGUUCCACAAGCCACCGAUAGCCGGUGUCGAGAGCUGGACCUUCACGUUGCUGCUGGAACGGAACCGCCUUACGCUCCGAAUCGUCCCUCCGGGUCAGUUGGAGAAGGUUUUCCGGAGCGUCAGGCUGCAGCUGCAGCCCACCCGCUGGCAUACGGUGCUAGUGAGCAGCUACGACGGUCAGGGACUGAUGGCACUGGAUGGCCAAUAUCUGUUGGGAUUUGAGGGUUAUCUAGUGCAGCAGCGGACCGAUCGAUUCUACAUUGCAAACGCUCCCGGGCUAAGAGCGAUUGGUUUCAGUGGGUGUGUGAGUCGAUUGAUGAUAAACGAUAAGGUGGUGCAUCUGGAGCGGGACUUUUCCCAUCGGGUCAAUGUGGAACAGUGCGAAUUUUGCUAUUCGGAAGAGUGCAAUAUGGGCCUAUGUCCUGUGGGACAACAGCACUCGUGCAUAAAUUACGUCUGCAGCCAGGGCCGAUGUGACGGUACGGAUGUUUUGUUGCCGGAGGGUGACUGUUCUGAUUUUGGGCCAGAAUCGUCCACACAUGGUGUUCGGUUCCAGAACAAUAGUUACGUCUCAUAUAGGAGCUUUCUACGGGUGGUGUUGACAGUUGAUUUGCAGUUUCAGCUGCAUGGUCUGACCGAUGGAAUCGUACUUCACACCGCCGAACAUAAGCGAGGUUUCGGCAAGUUUAUUACGAUACUGGUGAAAGCGGGACGCAUUGAGAUGAGAUUUACGACCGAUGCACAUCUGCAUACGAUUUAUCUCGAGUCGACCGUCAAGCUGAUGACAGGCAGAUGGUAUCGAUUGCAGGCCGGAUACCGUGACGGUUACGUCUAUUUGCAAGUGGACAAGGAACAGGAGGUAGCCCGAAGCAUACUUGGGAUGGUGUUUCCCACCGAUCGGCAACUGGUUGUGUUUGUCGGUGGAGUACGAUGGGAGGGUUUCAUCAACCGCCAUAGAGAUGUGAAGCAAGGGUUGGAUGGGUGCAUUAAGGAGCUCAAACUUUCUGGACUUCCGGUGGAUCUGGUGGACGAUAUGGUGGAAUCCGCAAAUAUACGCAGCUGCCAGGACGAACGACGCUAAAUGGUUGC